GAAAGGAAACUGUUCCUGUUAUUUGUUAACCAGUGGGAAGGGGUGAGAAUUGAGAUACAUAGCAGAGAGGAGGAGAGAGAGAGGAUCAAGUAAAGAAAGAGUGAAGAUGUUUCUGAGAAGAAUAGCAAGGCCAUUAAUGGCAAAGGUUAAAGAAUCAACCGGGAUCGUGGGGUUAGAUGUGGUACCAAAUGCUCGAGAAGUGUUGAUUUCUCUCUACAGUAAAACCCUGAAAGAGAUUCAAUCUGUUCCUGAAGAUGAGGGUUAUCGUAAGGCAGUUGAAAGCUUUACUAACCAUCGUCUCAAGGUUUGUCAAGAGGAGCCUGAUUGGGAGAUCAUCGAGAAGCGUCUUGGUUGUGGUCAAGUUGAAGAACUCAUUGAAGAAGCUCAAGAUGAACUUAAGCUCAUCUCUCAUUUGAAUGAGUGGAAGCCAUGGGGUGUUCCCGAUGAUUACGAGUGUGAGGUUAUUGAGAAUGACGCUCCAGUCCCAAAGCAUGUGCCUUUGCACCGGCCAGGUCCACUGCCUGAGGAGUUCUACAAAACGAUGGAGGCAAUGGCUUCGACACCUCCGAAUGAGCCUACAAUUACAGAUGGUGAUUCGAAGUCCAAGCAGUAGGAUCCUCUUUGUUCCUUUGCUUAUCUGGCUAUUUGGUGGUUGAAUUCAUUUCUUCCAUUGCCUUUUGAUCUCGUCAGUGUAGCGAAUGGAAAUUGUUUACUAAUCUUCAGGCAUUCUGUUUCAAUAAUAAAGCUCAGAUGCUCUUUUUUUGUGGUGAAUUAUAUUGUAUGCUCAAAGCAUUUCUUCUAAUACGAUAGGGAACGUUCGGGUGAAUGUUUACUUGAUUAUCAAAAAAAAAAUUUCGUUUCAUAA